AUGAGGCUCCAGAGUGGCCAGGUGGGGCCUGGGCCUGGCCCCAGGCUGCUCUGGGCUCUGCUGCUGCUGGGUCUGGUCGUGGGUGCCCAGGACCUGUGGACCCCAACAGCAGCACCCCAGAGCAGGGCCCUGGGCCCUGGAGGCCCUGUAGGAAGCAGCCGGUUCAACCUGCGGAUCCCAUGGCACAGGUUGCCGCUCCAGCCCGGCCCCCAAGAGGCAGGCCCCAGGUGCUGGCCCCACGGGUUUUGGUCUGAGUCUCAGUCAUGGUGGUAUAUCUUUGGCAGUGGGACCCAGCUCUCAGUCACAGGUCAGCCUGUGGUCGCCCCCUUGGUCACUCUGUUUCCGCCCUCCUCAGAGGAGCUCAAGGCCAACAAGGCCACCCUGGUGUGUCUGAUCAGUGACUUCUACCCAGGCACAGUGACAGUGGCCUGGAAGGCAGAUGGAGCCACCAUCACCCAAGGCAUGGAUUUCACCCAGCCCUCCAAACAGAGCAACAACAAGUACAUGGCCAGCAGCUUCCUCAGCCUCUCACGUGGACAAUGGACAUCGCAUAGCCGCUUCAUUUGCCAGGUCACCCAUGAGGGGAAAACCACGGAGAAGAGCGUGGCCCCUGCACACUGUCCUUAG